AUGACUCAGUACACGUCGCAACUGUCUUACGCGGCCAUUGCAGAGGUCGUUAAUGACGAGGUCCUUAUUAUGCCCAUGAUCGAAACAAAGGAAGGAGUUGAAAACGUAGAGCUUGGUAUCCCUGGCCAGUAUGAUUCGGAGCUCUUCCAUUCGACUGUCGCGAAGAUUGCUGUUGCUGCCGAAAAAGCGAGCAUAAACGGACGCAAAGUGUUCGUAGGAUUGGGAGGACUAGAACCUAGGCCAGACCUUCUGGAAGAGUUUUCGAAACGCCAUGCUCCCAUUCGGUUUGCAAUGGCUGGACGUGACCUGGCCCUCUUACUUGCCGGCAUGACAAAACAAGCGGCGGCAAUGAACGAAUUAUCGGCUAAGCUCCAGUAG